GGAUGUGGGGGCGAUAUACAUGUAGGUUUGUACGUACCUGCAGUUUACAACAACUCAGCCUUGUAAAUUUCUUUCCUCGGAACAAAAACUUGUUGAAUUCAAGGUUUCUUAGCAAAUUUUAGGAAUUCUUUUCUUUCAAGCUGCAUCAUACCUGUCAAGGAUAAGUCACUGCGUAUCAAGGUUAGGUACAACCAUUUGCGCAUCCACCUCUAGUGUCGUUAUCCAAAGGGUCCAAGGUCUAAAAACUGCCCCGCCAAAUAUUUUCCUACUUCAAGAACCAACCCACUUUACCUCUACAGCCAUAAUCUCUGCAAAGAAAACACAAGGCUAUCUGCUUCAUUCCGACGACUACUUUUCACAAUGGCGUCACCUGGUCCGGGUGCCGGUAGUGAUGAUAUCGACUUGUACGAGCUUCUCGGCGUUGACAAGACUGCAAGCCAAAAUGACAUAAAGAAGGCUUACCGAAAGCUCGCACUCCAACAUCACCCCGAUAAAGUUCCCGAAGACCAACGAGUAGAGUCUGAAGCCAAGUUCAAGUCGGUUACUCAAGCCUACGAGAUUCUUCGAGAUGAGGAAAAGCGUGCCUUCUACGACAAGCAUGGCAUGGCAGCCUUCGACCCAUCAAGGGGAGGAGGCAUGGGCGAAGAAGUAGAUAUCAACGAUAUACUUGCUCAAAUGUUUGGCAUGGGAGUGGGCGGUGGCAUGGGAGGUCCCGGAGGAGGACCCAGAAGGCCCAGGCGCGGCGCUGACGAGGAGUCCAAGUACUCCGUCAGCCUGGAGGAUCUCUACAAGGGCAAGACUGUCAAAUUCGCAGCCAACAAGAACGUCAUCUGCGGGACUUGCAAGGGAACCGGUGGCAAAGAGAAGGUGAAGCCCCAACAAUGCGAUCGCUGCAAGGGACAUGGUAUGGUAGAGGCAUUCCGACAAGUCGGCCCUGGUCUGGUCACUCGUGAAUCGGCCGUGUGUGAUAGGUGUCAAGGCUCUGGCAACUACUUCAAAGAGAAAGAUCGAUGCAAGAAGUGCAAAGGCAAGCGGACCGUCCCGGAGACGAAGCCGCUAGAGAUCUAUAUUCCUCGUGGCUCGCGCCAAGGGGAGCGCAUCGUGCUGGAGGGCGAGGCUGACCAGAACCCCGACCAGACCCCUGGCAACCUCGUGUUUGUCCUCGACGAAGAACCCCACGAGGUAUUCAACCGGAUCGGUAACGAUCUUUCUGCUGACAUGGAUAUCACUGUUGCCGAGGCCCUAUGUGGGUUUUCUCGUGUUGUGGUCCAACAUCUUGAUGGUCGAGGUAUCCAUAUCAACCAUCCUCGAGGAAAGGUCCUACACCCAGGACAGGUACUUAAGGUGCAAGGAGAAGGAAUGCCGGUGAAACGGGGAGAUGCCAAAGGUGAUCUGUAUCUUGUUGUUAAGAUUCAGUUCCCCGAGGACGGAUGGCUCAAGGAUGAUGCGGCCUACGAAUCUCUUCAGAAGCUACUGCCUGGCCCGCCACCGGAGAUCAAAGCUGAUGAAAUCGAUGACGUUGCAUACGAAGACGAUGCGGAUAUUGAUGAGAUGGGUGCCAACUCUGGGGAUCCGCGAUUCGGAGAUGGAUGGGAAGAUGACGAUGACGAGGCCGGCGGACAAGCACAAUGUGCCCAGCAGUAAUGAAUUAUGAGACAUGAGCUUCGAUUAAUAAAGAAGACUGGAAACAACGUGAAGGCGGGUCAGGGUUACGAUGAGGCAUAGGUAUUCCUCCAUCAUUCGAUUUAUUUGUGUAACCGAGUUAUGGAGAGGAGUGGAAAUAGGAUAGAUGGCAGCAAGAAAGAUCCUGGAAGGAUUUCUUCCCUAGAAGGAGAAUUAAUGGCAUUAUCUCCUUUCGACAUUUCCAAUGGUAAUUCUGAAUUGGACCCCUCCGACUAGGUGGAGUUUCUUAUUAUUAGAUAGUCUCCUACCUUAGAUAUUCAGUAGCUUGUAUAGACCAGACAUCCAUCUCUGGGUGGUAAAUUGCUAUCGUGGUAAUUUGCAGGCCCUGAAAUGAAGGCAGUGUUAUAUUGAGAGAUGAUAAGACCUAAGUGAACUUGAGUUGAAUUGAAGUGAAAUAUCGGUUAAAUAGAAUGGAAUUAAUUCCGUAUCUAAUGUAGGCUUGAGGCAGAGAGUUGGAUCUCUUGAGAAAUUACCUAAAGGUUGUGAUGUACCUCUCUG